UGGUACCUAGCCAUAUAAAUAUAUACUUCAACCUCCAACUGCCCGCAUCAACCGAUUCAACUCCCGACCCAACUCCUCAUCAGGUGCUACAUCGUUAGUAUUUAGCUGGCGUCGAUUCCUCAUAAUUGUAUUGUAUUUUCCUUCUUAAAAAUGAAUCAUGCCUCACAAGGAAGAAGAUUAUACCGAGUUCACCCCAGAUCUUUACCCCCCUUUUCCAGACAAUGUCCCCACAGUAGAACUACAGACCAUCACAUUGUCAAAGAUACUAAGUGGUGGAGAUGCAGCAGAACGAGAUCGCGUCUUCCAAGCUUGUGUCGGUCGCGGUUUCUUCUAUCUCGCCCUAGAAGGAUGUGAAGUUGGCGAGACUAUUCUAAAUGGCGCCGGCCGAGUGGCGUUAACGGGUGAACGCGUCUUCAAGUUGCCAUUCGAAGAAAAGAUGCAGUAUAAAAUGGCCAAAACAUUGUUCGGCUACAAGCAAGCUGGUGCAACUGCAGCCGACAAGAAUGGCGUUCGAGAUACGGCGGAAUUUUUCAACGUCGGCAAGAAUGAUAUGAUCGUUCCUAAUGAUCGAAUGGGACGACCGUGGCCUUCGGCGAUUCUGGACGCGAAACCGCUCCUGGCUGAUUACAUCAAGAGCGCGCAUUCGGUUGGUUUGACAAUCCUGGCUAUACUUGCUGAAAAGCUCGGUAUCGACCCCUCUGAGUUCGCGAAUCGCCACAGAAUUGAGGAACCUUCUGGUGACCAUAUCCGUAUCACAAGAGGUCCACCACGUGAGACUGAAGAGCUACCUGAAAUCCAGACGCCGUCACACACUGACUUUGGGACGAUCACUAUUCUUAUGAAUUGGCUCGGCGGACUUCAGGUUUGGUCAGAAUCGUCUAGGAAGGCGCAGAUAGGUCUUGACGAGCCGGAUGUGCCAGGCGAAUGGUUAUGGGUCAAACCGAAGAGAGGUUGCGCUAUAAUUAACCUAGGAGAUGCUGCUGUUAGGUUUACUAAUAGCGUGCUUUGCUCCGGUCGCCACCGCGUGAUCCCCUCUCCAGGAGUACAAGGGCGUUGGCCGCGAUACAGUGUCGUGUACUUCGUCCGACCGGAGGACCAAUGUACAAUGGAGAGGCUCCAAGGAAAAGGCGUUCCUCAAAUUCCCGAGGAAGAAAGCGAAAAGCUUACAGCACAUGAAUGGAUAUUCAGACAAGCUGCAUCAUUAGGAAACCGUUUCGACAAUUGAGAAGGAAACGAGGUAUAUGAAUAAGUUUUAACAACACAUCUCGAUAAUCCGACAUGGGCGCAGGACCUUGCUCUAACUACCUGCCACAGGCUUCUGUCGAAGCGAAGUCUCGCGAUGCGAUGACAAAAUUGUUGUAUAAUGGACUCCUGAAUACGCGUGAGAUUGUAACAGCUGCAGGGAUUCCGGGGUUUAUAAAUGAGCGGAGAGUGAAUUUUGUGGGGUUUGUACGACUUGAGAUGAGUUUUCGUUUGCGCAAAGUGAGUCUGUCACCUAGACAGGAGACAAGACCCUCGGCGCGUCUGUAAAGUACGCGCAAUAAUUUCCUUAACUCCGCUUAGGCAUGUCAAUUGAAUGUUAAACAAGAUGGCUUGCUCAUAGUAAA